GGGCGAGGGUCAGCAGAGCCUUUUGAGCACGAUGCGAACGGCUGUCUUACUCGCAUUCCUGGCAGGUGUGUGGUCCUCAUCCUGCGAUGUGGAGGCAGAGGAGGACGAGAUGAUAGAGGCCAUGCGGCAGGAACUGCUGCAGCGCGGGAUGAAGUACCUCAAGGAUACUCCAAGAUCCUCCAUCGCACCAGCUGCGCCGGCUAUGUUGGAGGACGAGGUCCAGGAGCAGAAUCUUGCCCAGGACUUGAAUGCUGCCAGCACCCAGUCCAUGCAGUGGCUGGUGAAUCGCAGGGCCCUCGCGCUGAUUGGCCCCACCUGGGACGGCCAGGGGAGUUCCGUGGACUGCCAGGCGCAUCCCAUGUUCUGCCACGAGAAGGUGAAGUGCCAGGAGCCCUUGAGUGACGCUGAGAAGCAGAGCAUGGACAAGCACAUCGCUCCGGGUGGCAAGGCCAACCUCAGAAGCUGGUGCCGUGCGUAUCCGAUGUAUUCCAUCACAAUGCAGAAGUGCAUUGUUGAGGAGGACCCUCACAGCUAUGCGCAAGAGAUGUUUCAGUAUCAGCAAAAGCUGAAGCUGGUUGGUGCCGACGCCAUCUACUGCUUUGUGGCAGGGCACUGCAACAACACAGAGGUCACUGAAAGGACCACCAUGAGCGAGGCCGAGCAGGUUUGCAACAAGCGCUAUGGCUCCAGGUGGACAGAGGUUGGCUGGACGGAUUUCAUGGCGGUGCUGGCUCGCGCGUUGGAGCUGGGAACGACCCAUCAGAUCCCCAAGGAGUGGAAAGUCACUGGCUGGGGCUCCUUGGUGAAGCUUGCCCGGCGCGAGGCCGAUAUUUCGGCAAUGACCGCGUGCGCCAUGGGCAACUUCCAGUGUGACGUAGCCUACUGCAAGAUGAAUUACUGCGACUCUCCGAAGUUUAGGGCCAAGUUCGGCAACCUGUCCUGGUCCUAUGACUGAGCUGACCCGAGUUUGGUCAGCAUUGCUGUCAUCUGAGGCGAGGUGCAA